AUGCGAUUGAUCUAUAGACCCCACAAUCUAUACUGCAUCCACCUGGAUGCCAAAGCACCUCCAGAAUCCGUACAAGCAAUUAGUACGUUAUUCAGUUGUUACCCAUCCAAUAUUAUUGUGGUACCGGAUAAUCAGAGAAUUUCAGUUCAUUGGGGAUAUUUCAGUGUGCUUCAGUCCGCCCUUCUUUGUACACGUUUGCUCUUGCAUCACCAAACAAUUGGGUGGAGAUAUAUGCUGAACAUAAAUGAGAAAGAAUUUCCUCUUCGUACCAAUUGGGAGCUUGUGUCCGCCUUAAAGGCCUUGAACGGAUCCAACAUGAUUGAAGGGAUUCCAGGCGGGCAGUUCGCUGAUCGAUUUCCAAAGGCUAAUCUAUCGUUCAAUGUGGCCUGGACGAAAGGUAGCUUCUUGAUAGCUGCUCGGCGGGAAUUUCUGCAGUUUGCUCUCACCGACCCUCGAGCGCUAGAAAUUCUGAAGGCAAUGAAGGCCGAGGAGCAUGUUCGAAAGAUUCAGGAUGAGCUUUUCUUUUCUACUCUGGCGUACUCUCCAGAGCUUGGUGCCCCAGGAUCAUGUCGACUAAUUCAUCCGCCGUCUUCCUCGGACCCUCGAUCUUGGUUCCUAGUGCGUUACGUCAACUGGGAUACAGCGGACUGUCCGAGUAUGGUAGCCGUGCACGGGAUUUGCAUUUUUGGUGUGCGGGACAUACCCAUUCUCGUGAGACAGCCCCACUUGUUCGCUAACAAGUUUUUGCCGACCUUCCAACCAGUGGCCUACGAUUGCAUGGAACAAUGGUUGGAACAGAAGUUAAUUGCAGAACGAUCUUUUCACCGAUUGGACCCACAGUUCAAUGCGACACUGUUUGCCAAUUUAUACUGCUCCCGAGAGCAUAUCUAA